UUCCAGGUUGAAAAUGUUCGUCUUUUGGAUCGCUUCAAUGUAAGAAAGCCAAUAGUGGGCACAUUGUACCUGACUGCCACGCAUCUCAUCUUUGUGGACCCAGCUGGGAAGAGAGAAACAUGGAUUCUUCACAUGCAUAUAGCAAGUAUAGAGAAACAGCCACUGUCCACUACAGGCUCUCCACUGGUCAUCCGCUGCAAGACAUUCCUGUGUGUUACUUUUAUUAUCCCAAGAGAAAGAGACUGCCACGAUAUCUACACAUCUUUACUUAAGCUGGCACAUCCAACUGACAUAGAAGAGCUGUAUGCGUUCCACUACACCUCCCCAGAUGACAUGCCCAAACACCAGGGCUGGAACUUCUUCAGUCUGGAGUCCGAGUACUUACGGAUGGGUGUGCCCAAUGCCCACUGGGCCCUCACACAGAUGAAUAAAGACUAUGAGAUUUGUGACACAUAUCCCAAGUAUCUCUAUGUUCCCAGUGGAGUCAGUACACCAGUGCUUAUUGCCAGUGCUCGCUUCCGUAGCAGGGGAAGGUUACCAGUACUGUGUUAUUUACACAACACCAAUCAGGCCGCCAUCUGCAGAUGCAGUCAGCCGUUGGCAGGGUUUAAGGCCAGAUGUGAGGAAGACGAGAAGAUGCUCCAUGCCAUCUUGAAAGCCAACCCCAAGUCCGAGUUCAUGUAUGUUGUGGAUACACGGCCUAAGAUUAAUGCAAUGGCUAACAGGGCAGCAGGGAAGGGGUACGAGAGUGAGGUCUUCUACUCGGACAUCAAGUUUCAGUUCUGUGGCAUUGAGAAUAUCCAUGUGAUGAGAAGCAGCCUGCAGAAGCUGGUUGAAGUGAGUGAGCUGAAGAAUCCCUCAAUGAGUGCUUUCCUGACAGGUCUGGAGACCAGUGGGUGGCAGAAACACAUCCGAGCAAUCAUGGAGACAGCCGUGUUUAUUGCAAAUGCGGUGGAGGAUGGCAUCAGUGUUCUGGUCCACUGUUCUGAUGGCUGGGACAGGACAGCACAGACCUGUUCUCUGGCCAGUAUAUUUCUGGACCCUUACUACAGGACCUUACAUGGCUUCCAGGCUCUCAUAGAGAAAGAAUGGCUGUCAUUCGGCCACAAAUUCACAGACCGGUGCAGGUUUCUGGAAUCCAUCGAGGCCAAAGAAGAGUCUCCCGUGUUCACCCAGUUCAUAGAGUGCGUGUGGCAGCUCAUGCAACAGUUCCCGUGUGCUUUCCAAUUCAACGAACGAUUCCUUCUCACAAUACAUGAUCACGUGUACUCAUGCCAGUUUGGCACUUUCAUUGGAAACUGUGAGAAGGAUAGACUUGAUCUCAGACUGUCAGAGAGGACUUACUCCCUCUGGGGACAUAUGCUUAACCAUACUAGUGAAUAUAUCAACCCAAUGUUCAAGAAGGAUUAUGAACUGACGAAUCCUGUACUAAGACCUAAUUGCAAUCCACAGGUCUUCAGGUUCUGGAAGAGCAUGUACAAUCGCUUUGAUAAUGGUGUACACCCGCGGGAGAAUAUAGGAGACAUCCUAAGUGCUAUGACAGACCACAGUACUUCUCUGGAAGACCAUGUAAUACUACUGGAGAAGAGAGUCAAGUCACUGCUAAAGCUGCUAGGCAAGUCAGAGGACACCCUCAAGUCAAAACUGCAGGGUCUGGUGUCUUCAGAAUCCCUAUACAUGCUAUGUGAGUUAACAAAAGGACUCAGUCCACUGAGUAGUGACGGAGGACAUGCUGCGGCAAACAGUGCACAGAGUGCUUCUCCACAGAAUUCAAAAACUGUGAAUAACACAAGUAUAGAUGGCAGUGCUGUAGGCGGAGACAAUUCUGUUAGGGACAAUGAAGUUCGAAGGAGUGACUCUGAAUCUGGGUUUGAAGAUGGUGGGUCACAAAUGUCGAAAUCUGGGAUGGAACUCGAAGGUAUUGAAGAAGUGGACUCUCUUCAAGAUUCCCCUGUUAUUUCUCAAUCCAAUAGUUUUGAUAAUUUGAUGCUGGAGCAACUGGAGCUAGAGAUGGAAUCUGUGGCUGUGGACUGGAAAACAUUGAGGAAUAUAAAGCAAUGCAGUUGUGCAGCACCUUUUGAACACUAUACAAAAAAGCACCACUGUUGGAAGUGUGGCAACGUGUUUUGUCAGAGGUGCAUUGGCCGCCAUAUUCCUCUCCCAGGUCACUACGCACAGCGCCCAGUGCCGGUUUGCAAGAGCUGCUACAAAGAGGUGAAGCACUCGCCCUCUGUCAACAGUUUCCAAAGCAUACAGACGCUUAGCCCCAGUACGCCAACUGCUCCCGUCUAGUCUUAUCACUGGGAUGCAGAAAACACCAGUAGAAAUGUGUGUUAAAAAUGAAAAGGAUAGUUCUCUAAUCACCUGAUCAUGACAUGACCAAUCACAAAGCAGUUGACAAAAUGUCAGGAAGAUGAUGAUAUUGGUAACAAGUCAGCAUUAAUUGGAUGGUUUUUCAUGCUUUGGACACAAAAGGAGAUGGGUCUAUGAUUAGAAAACAGAUAUUUGGGUGGGUUUUGAAUCCUGUACAGCAUUUAGAUUAUAUAACAUACACAUCCAAAUGGUAGACAAAUUUAUGCAUAUUGUGUAGGAGACAGGCACUUACAUGAUGUAUAUAAUCCACUCAAUGUUGGUACAAUUAAAUGAUUCCUUAACCAAAGAACCAGCAAAUAUGAUG